UCCAGAUAGUAACAAGCCCAUUUACUAUAAUAUUAUUUUACUUGUAAAGAUGUGGGAUUUCAAGAAGAUAUGUUUUAUAUUUUCCAUUUGUAUUUUAAGUGUAGUUGCCGAUUUAAGAAUAGAUCCUCUCGUGAAUACAAAACUUGGACUAAUUCGGGGAUUGAGGGCUAGCGAUGGAGAUUAUUCAAUGUUUAUGGGUAUACCAUUUGCUAAAGUGAGGCAGGACAACCCCUUUGCUGAUGCUUUGCCACAAGAACCAUUUGAUGGUAUAUUUGAAGCUUACGAUGACUCCGCAAUUUGUCCUCAAAUUGAAGAAUUCGAGAAUACUGUAACGGGAACACUUGAUUGUCUGCAUUUAAAUAUUUAUGUUCCAAACUCGGCUAACUCACGAAAUCGCCUGCCAGUUUUAGUUUGGAUAUACGGAGGUGGAUUCAGUAUUGGUUUCUCUGGACGAUAUCUAUAUGGACCCAAAUUUAUUGUCAGACAUGAUGUCAUAUUGGUCACAAUAAACUACCGCCUUGGUCCAUAUGGUUUUAUGUGUUUAGAUCAUCCCGAAGUACCUGGAAAUCAAGGUUUAAAAGAUCAGUUGUUAGCACUUAGAUGGAUCAAAGAUAAUAUCGAAUCAUUUGGUGGGGAUACAAACAAAAUAACAAUUUUUGGUGAAAGUGCUGGUGGAAUGGCUGUUGAUUUCCAUAUCCACUCUUCUCAUGAAAGAGUAUUUAAUAAGGCUAUCAUACAUAGUGGAACUUCUCUUACACCAACGUUUCCGGAUCCAGUAAAAAAUGCUCCUUUAAUAUUAGCUGAAUAUCUUGGCCUAGAAACGAAUGAUAUUGAUGAUGCUAUAUCAUUUUUGGCCAAUUUUGAUACAAACUCUGUUAUCUUAGCAGCAUCAGCGCUAGAUCUAGUUUUUAAGCCAUGUGUUGAACAAGAAUAUGAAAAUGUUGACGGAUUUAUUACUCAGAAUUGGAUUAAUUUACCUAUUCCAAAAGUAAGAAAUUUACCACUUUUGAUUGGUUUUAACAGUCAAGAGGAAUUGUCUACAUAUGGAUUUGAAAGGGCACAAUUUUAUGAUAAUUUAAUAAGAGAAAAACUUGCAGUAGGUUUUGACGUAGACGACCCGGAAUUUGAUGGUAUGGAAAAAAUUGUGCGACACUUUUACUUAGGUGACGAGCCAAUCACUGAAAAUGUCAGAUGGGAAAUAAUUAAUUUUCAAUCUGAUUAUCGAUUUGGUCACCCCACCUUGAGAACAAUUAAUAAAUAUGUUGAGAAUGGAGCUGGUGACAUAUUCCAAUAUGUUUUUUCAUAUGUCGGUGAAAGAAAUUUUGCGAAAUAUUUAAAUAAUAUAACUAUUGGAGAAGCAGCUCAUGCUGAUGAACUCGGCUAUUUAUUUGACAUGUCAUUCUGGACAAAUGUGCCAAAUGCUCAAGAUCAACUUGUAGUAGAUAGAAUGACUACCAUGUGGACUAAUUUUGUGAAGUACAGUGACCCAACCCCGGAAAUCACUGAACUCCUGACAACAAAAUGGACGCCAAUCACACAAGGUUCGUCACAUCACUACUUGGAAAUCAACUCGGAGUUGAGUGCUAAAACAAGACCGUACACCGACAGAAUGACCUUCUGGGACUUGUUCUACAAAGCGAAUUAUAAUCUGCAAAGAAUCUAUCCUGGUAAUAAUGUUGUGUAGAUAAGAUAAAAAUGUGUACCAUAAAUGACCGGUUAUGUGUAAUAAAGUAUUUAUUGUAAA